CCAUGUCGACCCGACGAUUUGUUGAAGCCUUCGAUGAAGGCAAGAGCCAGUCGGCAAUCAUCCAGGAUCAGGAAAUCACGAAUCAAACAAAUCUUUCAGGAGAUGUACAGGACAAGGAGGCUCAGACUGCAGUUGUUACAGCCCUUGACGACUCAUCUGUGGACUCUUCGCAGGAUGAUCCGGCUAAUACACUUCCUCCUGUACCAAUGAAAAUCAAGUUGCUCAGUGUGUUGCUGGUUUCUUGCAUUGGAUUUGGAUCUCAAUGGAGUGGUGGUGUUAGCUCUGCCAUGAAAUCGACCAUCAAAAGUGGAAAGGAAAUGCACAUCAACAACACCCAAUUCUCUCUGCUCGAAGCCAGCGAGGAUUUCAUGUCAUCAGCCCUGAUUCUCCUCACCGGUAUUUUUACCGACCGUCUAGGGGGCACAGGAUGCAUUGUUUACGGCAACAUCAUCUACACUAUCGGAUCAAUCUUCAUCGCUGGAGCUGCACAAAUGCGCAGUUUCAAAUUCAUGAUCGUCGGGAGGGUGGUAGCGAGUUUUGGAGAUAUUGCGACGCAGGUUGCGCAGUAUAAGGUCUUUAGCAGUUGGUUCCCACCCAGUGCUGGGUUUGCGAGUACGCUGGGGUUUGAGUUGGGGAUUAAGAAGAACUGCGGCUUCUCAAGCGUCUUCUGGACAAUGGUGGGCAUGAACCUCUUCACCAAUCUGGCAACCGUUCUUCUUUUCUUCCUGGUUCGCUUCUGCUCUUCCCGCUACUCGUCCAUCGCCGACCCCUCCACAGGCGAAAAACUCACCGAGAAAAACAAGAAAAUCGACUUUAAGAAGGUGCUCCAAAUGCCUUGGCCCUUUUGGAGUAUCAUGGCAUUUACACUGUUUCAAACCACAACCGCAAAUGUGUUUUCCCAGAACGCGACAGAGUUUGCACAGCAGAGGUUUAAGACUAGUGCGGUCAAGGCGGGUUGGUAUACAGCAGUGUUGCAGUAUGCAGGGUUCUUNUUUGUGCCGCUUUUAGGUGUGUUUAUAGAUCUUGUGGGUCAGAGGGUAAGUGUGAUGGUGGUGUGUGGAGCUGGAUGUUUUCUUUCCAUGGCGUUGGUUUGUUGGGCUCCUUCCGUCAAGGGAACAGCUGCUGCGUUUGGCAUUUAUGCGUUUGCGUUUUCGUUGGGGCCGACUGUUAUUAUCGACAGUAUUAGGACGUCCAUGUGGCAUCAGGGGGCUUUUGGCACGGCGUAUGGGAUUAAGAUUACCAUCAACAAUGCUAUGUCCUGCAUCACCCGCAUCCUCACCGGCGCAAUCCAAGAUGCAGACAACAACGCCUACACGCGCGUCGUCCGCGUCUACGCCUUUUUCGGCUGCGCCUCUCUUGCCGUGUCCCUAGUCAUCCUCCUCUUAUCCUUUCUCUCACCAGAUCUUGGACGCUUGCAAUGGAGUCGCAAGAAGCGACUUGCCCAAGGCGCAUUCAUCCGAGAACGACUGCAGAGAUUCGAGACCACGAUGAAGCACAGAAACAAACGGAUUUCGGUGCUUUGUUUCGGAUUUACGAUGAUGCUUAUGCUUGGAGGAUGGAGUGCUUAUUUCUGGGGUGUGGCUACAGGCAACAACAAG